UGUCUUACUAGAGUCAGCUUGGGCGAGGAGAAAAUGGCGACGAGGAUGGCAGCGAGGUUCGUGGCGACAAGGAGGCUCUCCUCCUCCGGCGGUGGAAAGGUCCUCGGCGAGGAGGAGAAGGCGGCGGAGAACGUCUACAUCAAGGUCUCUCGCUCUCUCUCUCUCUCUCUCUCUCUCUCUCUCUCUCUCUCUUAAUCUCCCACAUCCCUUCACUUCCUCAGACUCCCUCUUCCCUCAUCUCACACCCCCACCCUAACCUCAAAUUUAUCUUCUUCAAUUUUUUGUUUUUUAAUUAUCCUUUCUCUUUUCCAUCUUUUUCUUUUUUUUUUUUUUCCCCUUACUCGAAUCCUGAAUCCUGGUUAGAAACCAAAUCUUAAACCUCUCUCUCUCGAUCCCAUCAUUUCCAUGCUCCAAUCUCUCUCUUCCCACAUGCGCAGUUGCUUCCGCUGCUGCUGCUGCUGCUGCUGCUGCCGCUGCCGCUUUUAAGUGCUGCACUUCGCUGUUAAGUCACUCUCACCUCCCUCCCUCUCUCUCUCUCUCUCUCUCUAUUUAUCUAUCUCUCUCUCUCCAUGUGGGUGGUGCAAUAAUAAUAAGAGAGCUGAGAUCUUCUCGAUUCGCCGAGCCCACACCCUACUGGACACACACACACACCUCCCCACCCCUUUCGCUGGCUGGCUGGCAGACUGUUGCUGUUGUUGUGGUUUGUUGUCGUUGCUGCUGUUGGGAAACUGCGAGUUGGGUUUUCCCAGCUCUCUUUUGAGCACCUGAAAUUUGGUGGUUGGAAUAUGUGUGUGUGUGUUUGAUGGGUUGAGAGAGGCCGGGGUUGUAGUGAGUGGGGAUAAUUUAAAUGGAAUUCCGUAGUAACCAAGAUGAUGAUAUGGGUCUUCCCUCUUCUUUAAGCUACAACAAUAACAACAACAACAACAACAACAACAACAACAACAACAGUAGCAAUAAUCCUCUUCCCAUUAGAGGCUCCGCUUUUACGAGACCGUCCUCUUCCUCUCCCUCGGCCUCUUCUUUGCUUUCCCCAAGAGGAGGAGGAGGAGGAGGAGGAGGAGGAGGAUGCAGAAACGGUAGUUAUCCUGCGGGGCAUCCGCUGGACUCUCAGUCGUCUCAUCUUUUGACUCCAAUCUCCGCAAAGGCGGCGGCAUCGGCAUCGGCAUCGGCGGUUCAAAACGUGGCAUCGGACGCGGCGGCGGCGGCGGCGGCGGCGCGGUACAGGGAGUGCCUCCGCAACCACGCGGCGGCGCUGGGGGGCCACGUGGUGGACGGGUGCGGCGAGUUCAUGCCCGCGCCGGACGACCCCCUCAAGUGCGCCGCGUGCGACUGCCACCGCAGCUUCCACCGCCGCGACGCCCCCGCCGCCGACUACCACCGCGCCGCGGCCGCCGCAGCAGCCGCAGCCGCCGCGCGCCUCCCCCUCCUCCUCCCCCCGCCGCACCCCUCCCAGAAGCACUUCCAUCUCAGCGGCGGCGGCGGCGGCUUCGGCUUCCCCACGAGCCCCUCCCGCGGCGCGGUGCACACCAGCGGGAGCGGGGGCACCACCACGGAGUCGUCCAGCGAGGAGCGCCUCGACGCCGCCGCCGCUGCCGUCGCCGCCGCCGCGGCAGCCGCGGCGGGCGCGGCGGGGCCGCGGAAGCGCUUCCGCACGAAGUUCACGGCGGAGCAGAAGGAGAGGAUGAUGGAGUUCGCUGAGAGGGUCGGGUGGAGGAUCCAGAAGCAGGACGAAGCCCUAGUGGAGCAGUUCUGCUCCGAGGUCGGGGUGCGGCGGCAAGUUCUCAAAGUGUGGAUGCACAACAACAAGCACUCCAGCAGAAAGCAGCUUCUGCCGCAGCAGCAGCAGCAGCAGCAGCAGCAGCUGCUACAACAAUCCCAAGAACAGCAGGAGCCCUAAAAGAGGAGCCGCACCACACCACACCACACCACACCCCACCCCCAACAUCAUUUUUUAUAUAUCUCUUGGGCUUCUCACUUAGACAAAGGCAAAGAGAAGGAAAGUACUCAUUCUCCUCCUUAUCUUCAUCUUCUUCUUCUUCUUCUUCUUCUUCUUGGGUUUCUCUACUUCCUUGCUUUUCAAAUAUGUUUUAUCUUCUGCAUUCUCCUUGGAUCUCCUUUUCCUUGGUUAGAUCGAAGAAGGAGAAAGGAGGAUCAAGGAUGGGGAUGGAACUAUUUCACUGUUUAGUGUUUACUACAAGAUAUUUUUGGCUUGGUGCACUAGUUGAUUAUGUGGUCAAAGGGACAUUAAAGCCCUAUUAAUGGUACUCUCCAAGCUUCUCCUACAUCUUCUUCUUUGUCAGCAUUUUCCGAGAGACCCUAACCAAGAGAAACAUCUCAUUAAUUGCUUAGAGAUGGUACUCUUUGAAUUUCAUUACUGGAGUGGGUCUUUGCAUUAAAUGAGAUUAAUUAUGCUCACUCAUGUGAUAAUCACACUCAGCAAGUUUGAUCUAUCUAUUGAAUGCUGAUAACAUUUAAGUAGCUAAAUGAUCUGGUUAGGAAGUGUAAGGGUGAUCUGGUUAGGAAGUGAAAGGGUUUCUAUUUCAUGCUCUUUUGUUUUCUUCUGCUUUUUCUAUCUCCAGUUAAUUGACCAGUUGGGCAUUAGACUACGGUUGUUAAGGUCAUUUAAUUGAUGCAGCAUGUUCUUUCCAUUUCUACUGUUUUGUGGUCGUAAUAAGGAUUGGGGUUUGCAUUGUAUAUUGCCAAAAUUUUCUCUUGUUUUUAGGACAGAAAGGGAUGGGAAGGGUCUAUUGAUAUCCCUUGUCACAUGGCUACUGUCCAUCCACUGGCAUGAGUCAGUAUGUUUGUCAUAAUGAAGCAUUGAAUGUAAAAGAGCAAAGUUCACACUGUUGUACUAUUACAAGCGAGUCUAGGGUUUCCCUCUUGGUCCUCAACUUUUUGUCCGUUGGAUUUGCAUCAAGCACGUACUUUAAGCUGCGUUCAGCUGGACACCCAUCAAGGUUUUUGCUCUCAACUUGGUUUCAGAACGAGCUUGAUUUCAGAACGAGCUGUAUAAGCCGAUGCCGAACCAAUGUGUAAAAAGUUAGAAAUACUAAGAGGAAGUGCGGUUGAAAACUCCCUAGCCUAGCUUACAUUAUUGUAUCUUUAGACUUUCAUGCGCUGUCCAAUUUGAUCUUUCUCCAUAAUGACAAUUAGAUUUAUAAAACUAACUUAUUCAAGAUUACCAUUUGCGUUGAGACGGUUUCCGUAUGUCCCUUAAUCGUAUUUUCUCUUUAAAAUGCACCCUUUCUUAUUGUUUUUGCUCAGAGGCUUACCGUAGUUUUUAUCUUAUUUUGCGUUUGUUACUUUGCUUACGAGUUUGUUUUGUUGAAGGGGGAAAACUACCUGCAUUAGUUGGCCCAGCUCUAUAGGUUUGGAGGCAGUAGUAACUGUUUUUCCAUCAAAAUGUAUCAGAUAGCUUCCUCAUAGAAGGUGCAAAUUGUAGCUUCUGCUUUUAUAACCCCAAAGCUUAUUUUAGCUUUCCGCCACGACAAAAGCUUCAGACAUUUUAUUUACCAAAUGCUUGUUCGAUGCUUUAUGAAUUAGAUAGACUGUUUCAAAAGUUGGACCAAAGUGGGCAAUAGAUCCUUUUUUUGCAACUGAACGUCAUCUCAGGAUAGUUGGCAAUUUUCUUUUUUCAGCGUUGUGGUGUUUAUACUUUAUUAUGCAUAUCUACUCUUUUUGUUGAAGUGCUACAGAAUUAGGAAGUUUUGGUGUGUUUAGAAUUCUUGUUUUGCACAUGUACUCAGGCUGAAACACAUAAACUAGUGGUAAAAAAGAGUCGCUAUUAGCUAACAUAAAUUCAUACUGCAGCCUAGCAUACUAAUAUAAGAAUAUUGCUAAUUUUAUACACAAUACCAGCUCAUACUGCAUACUAUUUUCUUUUGUUCUGGAAAUUUCACAAUAUGUGUGGUUAGUAAGCGUCCUUUAUAUAAAAUAUGUGUAGAAUGUAGGAGAUUGUUUAUAUAGCAUUUAAGGUGAUGGAAGGAAAAUUCCAGAGUCUAUGUAUAUUAAUUGUGUUCCUGUUCGACUCUGAUGAUGCUCUACUAUUACACAUGGUAAAACUUACAAUUACAGUGAAAAAAAAGGUUUAAACUUACAAAAUUCUUGACUGUUGGUUAAUUUAGAAAUGACUACCCAGGCUUUCAAAACUUGUUUUGCACAUGCGGUGACUUCAUAUGUCCUUUUUCUUGUUUGAUUCAAUCUCCAUCAACUAAUGUAUUCUCUACUUAUGAAUUCGAUGAUUGGAUUAAAAGCACAUGAGAUGCAUCAAAGACAGUUGGAGAUGACGUGCCAGGAAGACACAUGCACUCGGUGCAGCCAACUGAGGAUGCAAUGAAACUGUUGAAAGUGGUACAGGAUUCCCACCCAAAAAUAUAUUCAGAAAAAGAAAAGAAAAGAAAAGAAAAUCCACAUGCACAAACACAUAAAAGAAUAAUUAUAACCUGUUCGCACAUAAUUGUAACCUAUCCACUGAGAUAGUCGAAGUUCAGCUAUUCAUUUAGGUUUUUUAUGCUAUUUUGUGCAAAACAUCAUUGAAAUAUACAUAACAUCCUGUGUACAGACAAGUGAUAUUUUUCCAAUUAAUAUCAGUAAGUGAAUCAAGGCUAGCAAUAGCAAGUAUAAACUGUUC